AUGGGACGGCUGGUGAUAGCGCAUCACAAAAGUUAUCACCCUUAUAAGGCUGAGAACAUUGAGAGGGUUCGUAGAGAUGAAGAAGAGGCAAGGCUAAAGGAGGCCAAAGAGGAAGGUCGCCUUCGACUGGCAGACUCUGAAGCACGACUCGAACUGCUUCGUAAACGAGCAGGAAUCAGCGCUUCUUCUAGUAAACAGACCCCAACAGACGAGGAUUUGAUUCCAGAUGCAGUAAAGGAAUCGCUAAAGGAACAGCAAGUAAAGGAUAUACCUGACAGCCCGUUGCAAUCCUUGAUGACCGAUGGCCAUAUCAACCUAUUUGCGGACCUUGAAAAUAAGCAGAAGGGAAAGAAGGACAGUGACGAGGAUGACGCUGAGACCGAUAAAGGCUACCGUCUUGCACCGUCAAAAGCAGAUCGAGCACCAUGGUACACCAAAUCCAAAGAAGAGGGGCAGCCAAAUUUAGAUCCAGCUAGAAGGGAUCGGGACGAAAUGCGUAAACAGAAACAUGAUCCUCUCAAAGAGAUCGAGGCCUCACUUUCGCGUGCUUCUUCCAGUUCGAGGAUCAGUCCACCCAGUGUUUCAUCCAAGAACUCGAUGGGGCCACCUACUAUACCAUCUUCUUCUUCCAAUACCAUGGAACGAAUGGGAAAUGAGACACCAACCACUGUAGCACCUUCAGAAGCUGGGUAUGGGAACAUGUAUAAUAAGGACGAUGUAGAAGCGGCUGCCCGAAGAAGACGCGAGGGUGAUUCAACCCGAUGGAAAGAGAGG